UUCUCCACCUACAGGCGCGAGAGCAGCAUCUGUGCGCGCGAGCGAGCGGAGCCCGAGCAGCACGCGAGACCCCCAUAUAUACUCGCACGCGCGCGCGCCGAGCGCCAACUGAGCACGAGCUUACCGGACUGAGUGCUGUGUGUCCAGUGGUCAGUAGUCCGGCUCUGUGGUCAGGAGCUGCUGCCGGACAAUACACUCUCUCGAGUGGUCUGCGUGCUGGUGGCCGCCGCCUCGUGCUGGUUGAGCGGCACCGCUCGCGCUCUGCUCCGCUUGCUGCUGCCGCACGCGCCGCUGGCUGCCCGCAUGCCGGAGGAGGAGGCGGGGGGCGGCUCGUGGAGCCCGCAGGGGGUUCCGUACCGCGACCUGCCGCACAUCGUCUCCGCCGACGGGCUGCACCUGUUCUGCCGCUACUGGGAGCCGGAGGCUCCGCCCAGGGCCCUGGUGUUUAUUGCACAUGGAGCUGGGGAACACUGUGGAAUGUACACUGACGUCGCUCACACACUCGUGCAGAAGGGCCUGUACGUGUUCGCCCACGACCACGUGGGGCACGGGCAGAGUGAAGGAGAGAGGAUGAAUAUUAAAAACUUCCAGAUUUAUAUCAGAGACGCUCUGCAGCACAUCGACCUCAUCAGAGCGCGUCACCCCAGCCUCCCCGUCUUCAUCCUCGGACACUCCAUGGGUGGUGCUAUCUCCAUUCUGGCAGCGUGUGAGAGACCGCAGGAUUUUGUGGGUGUGGUUCUGAUCGGCCCAUUGAUCCAGAUGAACCCUGAGUCUGCUACACCUUUUAAGGUGUUCCUGGCGAAAGUCCUCAGCCAUAUGAUUCCCAGUCUCACUCUCGGAGCCAUCGACCCAAAAUCCGUCUCACGGGACCCCAAACAGGUGGAAGCGUAUGAAGCAGAUGAGCUGAAUUAUCACGGAGGGAUGCGCGUGUCGUUCGGUAUGCAGCUCAUGACCGCAGCCAAUCGUAUCGAGAGAGAGCUGCCCAACAUCACCUGGCCUUUCUACAUCCUGCACGGAGACGCUGACAAGCUGUGCGACAUCGGAGGAUCUCACCUGAUGUUCAACCAGGCGAAGAGCACCGAUAAAAAACUCAAGGUGUAUGAAGGAGCAUACCACGCCCUCCACCACGACCUGCCGGAGACGGCCGAGUCCGUCCUACAGGAAGUGAGCAGCUGGAUCGUGGAGCGUCUUCCCGCCCCCUCCGGACCCUAGCCGUCAAUCCCCCUUCUGACCACGCCCCCACGAUCAGGCCACACCCCUUAGACAAUUUUCUCCUUUCUCUCAUCUCCUCACAUCGACUUCUUCUUCCAGCUGAACUCCAGCCAGACUCCGUUAUACCCAUUAUAUACCUGGCGUGCGGAGUUACGAGGUCAGCGCCAUCUGAUCUCCCGCACCCCGGGUCAGGGCUUUGAUCUUUCUGCUUUAGAGAGCUCUGUGAUUGGCUAAUGUGUCAAGCUUCUCUGUUUUGUUCUCUCCUCCACGCUGCCGGCACGGCGGGGGGGUGGCAGCUCGCGUUAGUGUAGCGCGGCAGCCGGCAGGAGGAACAUAAUGAGCCCGGCUGCCCCCGGCACCAGCCUGCCCUUUGUACGUUGCCGGGUAACGGAACACAGCUGCCCUUUGUUCUUUUCUUUGAUGUUGUGUUCUCGUUAGUCAGAGCCGAUGCGCUGCACUCCAGCGCCCCCGCUGGGCGAGAGCGGUACUGCGGUACUGCGGCCUGCGCUCGCUGCAGUUACCAGGCAACACUGCGAAAUAACUGCGCCUUUAUGAGGAAAAAUAAUGAAAUAAUGGUAAACGAGGGUGUCAUGGUAACAGACUGGGAGAGGACUGGGAAUGAAGAGGAGAAUGGCUUCCCAGUGAUGAUGUUAACUGGGCGGAGAGAGAGAGAGAAAGAGAGAGAGAUAAGUGAUAGAGUAUAGAGAGAAAGAGAGAGAGGGGGCAGUUUGGGCAGAGUGGCUGCAUGAGGAACGCCCUCCAGCACUCAUCAGUCACAGGAUUUAACACACACACACACACACACACACACACACACACACACUUGACCACAUGGCUAAAGGGUAAGACCCAGUGGGCUGGUCUCAUCAGUCACAGAGAUUUAAUACACACACUCACUUAUGUGCAUGUGUGUGUAUGUGUGUGUGUGUGUGUGUGUG